AUGGCGAUGCUUUCAUACCAGCACACCUUCGUGUCCUUGAAGCCCACGAAGCGGGCAGAGAGGGGGAGCCAGAGCCUUCCGCCGCAGCGACGCUCGUGGUCUCCGGCGAGGGACGCGCGGGAGGCGGACAGAGCUCUCAGCAUCUUCGCGCAAGGCGUGGGGCGGAACGUGGGCCUCGAGGUGGAUCGGGAAGUAUCCCUCCACCCCGAGUUCUGCGCCCGGCCCUGCCUGCGCUUCCAGGCUGGCGCCUGCGCCUGGGGGGCUGGCUGCAACUUCUGCCACCAGCCCCACGCGAAGCGGCAGAAGCUGGACCGGCACCAGCGCAUGGCGCUGCGCGGCAUGACUCCGAGGGAGGCUUUGCAGAUACUCGUGGAGCAGUUGGGCGACCGAGCGGAAGCUACAGAGCUGUCGCUGCAGCUGCAGCCCAUUCUGGAGAUCUUCCACGAGCAGCUGGCCGAGACUCCGGACAGCAGGCCCAGCCUGUCCCACAGCCAGGGCCGCAACAUUGCCAGUGCCAUCUCCAAAAUGAGCUGCCGCAUGAUGAUUCAGGCGCUGCUGCCUGCCAGCCGCCUGGAGGCAUCCCGGCUUUGGCGGGUUCAGAGGCUCCUUGAGGUGCUGAAGAGCCAUUUGGCCCAGCAGGCCUGA